AUGGAAGACCCCUUCUGGCAAGCCGUUUCGGUUAUGAUUUCGACGAUUGUAAUGUGCUACGCGUUUGGAUUGCUCAGUGGACUGCUGUUGACCACAUCUGCGCUACUCUUGUCCAACGCCAUCCCCGAAUACUUCCGGCAGAAGGAGAUGAUGCGAGAGUAUCAAUAUCAGGACGAGAAUAGUAUUGAAGAUAUUUGUGGAGCUUGUGAAUAA